ACAUGCUGUCGUUAGUAGAAAAAAAAAAACUGCUGGACAGGUCGAGCAGGUGAGGAAGAGGUGUCAUAUUACAUUGUUAACUUUGUCUUCACAGACCCGACUCAGAGAGACUCAAAUAAAACGCACGGACUUCAUCAUAACAACGUUGGAAUUGUGAAUCUUCAACAAACCGUGAAGGUAAAGUGAAAUCAUGCCACCCAAAUAUGAGGGCUUAUCCCACUGUAAGCUGGCUCUGGUGUUUGCUGUGCUGAUGGACUUGCUGGGUGUGAUAUCCCUGUUGAUGGGGGUCUUUGCUCCACUGGAGAUCGAAGGCAGAGACUUUGGGGAUCUUCUGGUGUACACGGGGGCCCUGCUGGUGCUCAUGUCCCUGGCAGGCUGGGUCCUGUGGUACAGUGGCAACAUCGAAGGCCUGACCUCCAAAAGGGAGUUGGGGGGAGCUGUGGGUGGAGCUGUGGACCGUCUUGCUCGCUCCUUGAGCCGCAGGAUACGGAUCCCCAGGACUCACAGCAGCCCAACAUAGUGGUGGAGCUCAAAUAAUUCUCCACAGACUUGGAGCCUUGAAGGACUGACUUUAACCUGGUGGCAGGGAAAAUGCCUGAAUCAAAGGACUAUCGUGGCUGUUUGAUGUUCUCUUCAGAAACACUUCAGGUGUGAAGUGAACACACGCCUGGUUCACAUGAACAUUUCCCUGUCAGUUGUGUUUUUGUAAGACACUGAAUGUGUAUUCUGUCUUUGUAAAAAGGUGCAUGUGGACUACUCAGGAUUGUAAUUUUGGCACAGCAAUAGUUUCAAGUGUUUGAGGAUUAAAGUGAUUAAUCUGGG